ACUCACUCUCCUUUGCCACUAUUUGUCAAUCUACAUAAAAUCCUCUACGGUAUCCAUUUGUUUUUGGCGGUAGUAGCAUUGAAUUGAAUCAUGGCCGUGAGUCUCUUUUGCCUGGGACCUUUGGUUUUCACAUGCCCCCCGCAUUUCUUUGGUGUACAAUGGAAUUCUUUGACUGACUCACGGACACGAAAUAUAGUCGUACCACAUCACCAACCCGCAUGUCGGCGACAAAGAGAGCUCGGAAGACUGGCGGAUUCGUGGUUACAAUCCUCUCACACCCCCGGACCUGCUCCAACAUGAGAUCGCCCAGACGAAGGAGUCCAAGGCGACGGUGCUGCAGGGGCGCAACGACUGCGUCGCCGUCGUCAACGACAAGGACCCGGGCCGGAGACUCCUGGUCAUCAUCGGCCCCUGCUCGAUCCACGACCCGGCGUCGGCGCUCGAGUACUGCGACCGGCUGCUCAAGAUGAAGGAAAAGUACAGGGGCGAGUUGGUGAUCGUGAUGCGGUCGUACCUCGAGAAGCCGCGCACCACGGUCGGCUGGAAGGGCCUGAUCAACGACCCGGAGAUCGACGGCAGCUUCCUGAUCAACAAGGGCCUGAGGCUGAGCCGGCAGCUGUUCGUGGACCUGACGGCGCGGGGCAUGCCCAUCGCCAGCGAGAUGCUCGACACCAUCAGCCCGCAGUUCCUGGCUGACCUGCUGAGCAUCGGCGCCGUCGGGGCCCGCACCACCGAGAGCCAGCUGCACCGCGAGCUGGCGUCCGGCCUCUCGUUCCCCGUGGGCUUCAAGAACGGCACCGACGGCACCCUGGGCGUGGCCAUUGACGCCAUCGGGGCCGUCCGGCACCCCCACCAUUUCCUGUCGGUGACGAAGCCGGGCGUCGUGGCCAUCGUCGGCACCGUGGGCAACGAGGACUGCUUCGUCAUCCUCAGGGGCGGCACCACGGGCACGAACUUCGACGCGGAGAGCAUCCGGAAGGCCAAGGAGAAGUUGGUCUCCAAGGGCCUCAGCCCGAGGCUGAUGGUCGACUGCUCCCACGGCAACAGCGAGAAACAGCACAAGAACCAACCAAAGGUCGCCCAGGUGCUGGCGGAACAGAUCGAGGGCGGAGAGGAAGGCAUCAUGGGUGUCAUGAUCGAAAGUCACAUCAACGAAGGAAGUCAAAAGGUCCCACCAGAAGGAAAGGCGGGCCUGAAGUACGGUCAGUCCAUCACCGACGCCUGUAUAGGUUGGGAAGACACCGAGUCCGUCCUCGAAGUGCUCGCGACUGCCGUUCGGAAACGGAGAGAGAAACUCGGUCCCAUCAAGGCCGUCAAUGGGACUGUAUCUUCCUAAAGUACCGACCGGAGCACAGAGAGUAUGAAUUGAUGAGCAUGACUAUGGCAAGCCACGCAAAGACAACAAGGACGUUCGUGUUAGAUGUAUAGAAAAAGACCCCCCUUCGGGGCGACCGCACCAAAGGAGAAAAGAACAAAAAAAAAGAAGAGCAAAACCAGUCGGAAAGGGUCUGGUAUCGGGGCUCUCAAACAAACAAAGUAUCGUUAUGGAAAAAUGGCAUUUGUUAGAUACCUCGCUAGGCGCGCGUAAUGGUUUAUGGACAGGAAAAUACUUGAUAUUCAUCUCGAUGAGAUGAAAUGAAAUGAAUGGCUUUACAAGGUAUCCAAAAGUACACAACCACUUCGGUUGCCUUAAUGCCUCGUACUUGUCCGAGUGAUGAGGUAUGAUAUAGAGAUAUGUUGAUUAAGAGAAACUUCGUACGGUGGAGUAACUAAAUGGGUUUCAACAGGGGGGUUCGUGAGGUCUUUUGAUAACAAAGCAAAGAAAAGCCUGCCUCAGUGA